GUAAACCAAGCUACCCCUCCAAUGCGAUUAACCUCGGCCCAGCACGAAACCAUCAUCUACGUACCUGGUCACUCUUCCAUUGCAAUCUAUCAAGCUGCCAUUGCGAAACAACUCACACGCAUAAGCGCCAUGAACCGAGCUGAAAAGAAGCAAUGGGAGACUGUCUCAUCGCAAAAGAAAGAAGAGCAGUGGAAACGGAUUCCAUCGGAAUGGCGGCUGCCCGUCCCACCCCCUCAACAAACCACCAACCUUCUCCCUUUGAUACGUCAAAGCAAUAUCUUGACCGAGCAAGAACUUGAUAUCACAGAAAACUACGAUGCGACAGCUCUCGCCGCCGCCAUCCGCACGCGCAAGCUUAAAGUCGUAGAUGUUACCCGGGCCUUUUGCAAGCGAGCAGCUCUCGCCCAUCAACUCACAAACUGCCUUACCGAGAUAUUCUUCCACGACGCCCUGGAUCGUGCGCGGGAGUUGGAUGCUCAUCUUGAUGCUGGAAAUCCACCUCUCGGACUCCUCCACGGCGUGCCCGUCUCGUUGAAGGAUACGUUCAAAGUCAAAGGAUACGACUCGUCUAUCGGGAUCGCAGCGCUCUGUUUCAACCCGGCUACCGAGAACUCAUCGCUAGUCGACGUUUUACUCCGCGCCGGCGCGAUACUGUACUGUAAAACCAAUGUUCCGCAGACGCUCAUGGCGCUGGACUCACAUAACAACGUCUUCGGUCGCACUAUUAACCCUUCCAACACAGCUCUCACUCCCGGUGGCUCAUCUGGCGGCGAGGGUGCGUUAUUGGCUAUGCGCGGGAGUAUCCUCGGCGUUGGGACGGACGUAGGUGGCUCCAUCAGAAUCCCGUCCAUGUGCAAUAGCCUAUACGGCGUGAAGCCCAGCUGGCAACGGGUCCCCUUUGCGGGCCAGGAAGAUGGACAGAAGCGCGGCCACGACAAAAUCGGCGUUCCGGCGAGCGCGGGUCCGAUGGCGCACUCGAUGAGAGAUGUCGAACUUUUCUUCGCGGCUGUGGCCGAGCAGAAGCCGUGGGAGCAUGAUCCGGAUGUUCUACUUUUGCCUUGGAAUUCGGUAUCCACAUCUGGACCAGCGAUACCGAAAAAGAGAAAACUCACUAUUGGCGUGGUGAGAACUGACGGGAUCACCACUCCCCACCCUCCCAUUGCGAACCUCCUUGAUGAAGUCGCAACAACUCUGGCUCAGUCCGACAUCACGGUUGUAGAGAUGGACAUCACACCGCUUCUGUCGCAAUGUCAAUCGCUCCUCAAUGCCUUCUUUUCCGCGGAAGGAGGCAACACCAUUUUUGAUCUCCUCGAAUCCUUCAACGAGCCUUUAUCCCCCUGGCUGCAAUCUCGUCUUCGCAGAAACCCUUCGAAAGACCUCGAUCAGCUGCAGGAACUCCACGCCAAGAGAACCGUUCUGCAGAAAAAGUUCCUCUCGAUCUGGAAGACGCAGGACGGCGAGGGAAUCGACGCUUUUAUCUGUCCAGUGGCACCGCAUCCCGUGCCUCCGAUUGACACAUACAACACUGUCAGCUACACGAGCUCAUUUGUGUUGCUGGAUUUCCCUGCCGGUGUUGUCCCGGUGCGGCGCUUUACGUCCAGCGAUAUCACAGGGGAGUUAGAUGAUGGGCCGCCCAUUGGACGCUGGGAUAAGUACAACAGAACUCUUUGGAAAAAUUUCGAUCGCGCAAUUUACGUUGACUCCCCGUUAUGUAUACAGAUUGUUGCGCCAAAGCUGCAGGAACCAAAACUUGUCCAUGUUAUGUCCGUUCUCGAUCAAGUUCUAAGUUCUCGCGCUCAGAUAGAUGCCACGGCCAAGAGGAGUAUAGAGGCGAAGUUGUAG